UCACGUUUUAAAAAUAAAAAUAGCAUAUUUUAAACUUUGACUCUGACUGACUGGAUCUCAUCCAAUUAAUUAUUUACAUCAGCACUGUUUACCUUUAGUUAUUAUGAGCACCUCAAAACAGUGCUUUUUCCAUAGAGAGAUUGAGGAAGGGUCUGAAUUCAAAUGUGUGUUUGAGUCUCCUCUUACUGCAGUCGUCUACUCUCACCUACAGUUCAGAUCAGGGGACGAUCAGAAGAGAUCAGCUGCUCACCAGUGGUUGCUCAAACUGAUGUAGAUGAUGUUUCUGCUUGUGUUUCUGCUCAUCUGUGCUUCUCCUCCUUCAGCUGCUGAAGGCCGACUGAGACAGUUCUACAUGCUGAAUCAGAGGGUUACUGUAUCUGCUGCUGCGAGUUUAUGCAGAGUAAUCUACACUGACCUCGUCACAGUUUAUGACCAACAGGAGAAUAUUAAACUACUGCAACUGAUCAAGAACAGCAGCACUCCUGGAAAUUUCUGGAUUGGUGCUUAUAGAGGAAACUACAGUGUGAAGUGGUCAAAUGGUGAUGAUGUUUCAUACAGCAGAUAUUCUCCAAGCUAUUUAGACCAAACACGCUGCGCUGCUAUGAAUGCUAAUGGAGAUUGGGAAUCUAUCCUAUGCAAUGAGACAAAACACUUCAUGUGCUAUGAACAAGAAGCUGGAGGAUCAUCAUACAUCUACUCAUUAAUCCUUCAAAAUAAAAACUGGUUUGAUGCUCAGCUUUACUGCAGAGAGAAUCACACUGAUUUAGUCUCUAUUAGAAAUGAGGAGGAAAAUAUCCUGGUGGUGAACAAAGGAGAACAGAGUAAUACUAAUUUCUGGAUCGGCCUGCUGAAUGACAGUGUGGACUGGAGAGAUGGAGGACGAUCUGCUUACAGAAACUGGAGUCCAAACGCUGAUCAGAGCAAAACUAAUGCUUACAUGAGUUUCACUGAUGGGCGUUGGCAAAAGAAUAAUGGCGGGCAGUUCUAUCCUCUGUGCUACAAGAGCUUCAUUCAUGUGAGUCCUGCUGAAAUGUCCUGGGAAGAUGCUAUGAAUUACUGCAGCGCUCACUUUUCUAGAGCGCUGUGUCUGGAGUCUGAGAACGAUCAGACAGAAACGCAGCGAGAGUUAAACAGAAAUAAUAUCUCUGCUCCAGUUUGGGUGGGUCUCAGACAGAGCUGUCCUUUCGGAUUCUGGAUGUGGAUCAAUGGUCUUGAAGUGGGAAACUGGACAAACUGGAAAGGAGGAAUGGCUCCUGAAGCUGCGCUUUCUCAACACUGCGCUGCCAUGGAGAAGGUGAACGGACAAUACACACUGAUUGAUAAAGACUGCAGGUCUACAUUCAGAGUUGUGUGUGAGACACAGUAAUUUACCACUCUUUACUGCCUUUUGCUUUAUUGAACAGUUUUCAGGAGCUCCUGCUGUUAAUAGUGAACAGCUCAAUCAUUUGUGUCUUUAGAUUAAAACUCACAACAUUAACCUCUAGCAGCUAGAUCAGAAACCUUGUGUGCUGUUGGC